AGCGGCGCGAGAUCCGAUCCACCACCAUGCAGCGCCUCAACCUCGAGCCUGUUGCCGGCUAUAAAUUCCCACGCAACCUUCGCUCUUCCCACACUCACCUCUGAUCUUGCUCUGCCACCGCAGGAGACCAUGGUGCUCAUUCGCGGCCUCUUGGUCGUCCUCCUCGGCACCGCAUUGCCGCUGCUCUUCUUCUCCCGUGCAGAAGCGGGCGAGGCGGGCGUGAACUAUGGCAGGGUAGCGAACAACCUGCCGAACCCAGCGUCGGUGGUGCAGCUGCUCAAGCAGAACGGCAUCACCAUGGUGAGGAUAUACGACGCCAACCCCCAGGUGCUGACGUCGCUGGCCAACACCGGCAUCAAAGUGAUGGUGAUGAUGCCCAACGAGAACCUUGCUAACGCGGCCACGGAUCCGUCCUUCGCGCUACAGUGGGCUCAGAGCAACGUGGCGGCGUACCACCCAGCCACACAGAUCCAUGGCGUGGCCGUGGGGAACGAGGUGUUCGACUCGGCACCGAACUUGACGCCACAGCUCGUCCCAGCCAUGACGAACGUGCAGGCGGCGCUGUCCAAGCUCGGCCUGGCCGACGCCGUUAAGGUGUCCACGCCGGUUGCGUUCGACGCGCUCAAGGCAUCGUACCCGCCGUCCGCGGGCAGGUUCCGGGACGACGUCGCACAGGCGGUGAUGAAGCCCAUGCUCGACCUCCUGCAGCGGACUGGCUCGUACCUCACGUUAAAUGUCUACCCGUUCUUCGCGUACGCCGAUCAACCAGACAAAAUCUCCCUCGACUACGCCCUAGGGAACUCCAAUCCCGGUGUUCGUGACGACGACACCGGCCUCAUGUACUACAGCCUCUUGGACGCCCAGCUUGACGCCACCUACUAUGCCAUGGAUGAUUUGGGGUAUACAGGUGUGAGCUUGUAUGUUACCGAGAGCGGGUGGCCAUCGCUCGGCAGAAUCCACCGCGGGAGGCCGCCGGCCGAAAUCCGACACGGCGGCAGGAGGCUUUUGGACACCGGGGACGGAGACGCCGCGGCCUCAAUAGCCAACGCCCAAGCAUACAACAAUAACCUCAUCAACCGCGUGCUGUCCGGCAACACGGGCACCCCGCACCGCCCGUCCGCCGACAUGGACGUGUACAUCUUCGCCCUAUUCAACGAGAACAAUAAGGGCGACCCGGACGACACGGAGGCCAACUUCGGCCUCUUCUACCCGAACGAGCAGAAAGUAUACGAGUUCAACUUCCAAGGCGGCGGCGGAUCACCAGGACCACCGACGGCGAGCUGGUGCGUGGCGAAUGCGGCCGUCGGGGACGCGCGGCUGCAGGCGGCACUGGACUACGCAUGCAGCCACGGCGCGGACUGCAGUGCCAUCCAGCCCGGCGGGUCGUGCUUCCAGCCCGACACCAAGCUCGCGCACGCCUCGUACGCAUUCAACAGCUACUACCAGAACAAGGGCCGGGCAAGCGGGACGUGCGACUUUGCCGGCGCCGCUUCCGUGGUCUACCAGGCACCAGCAGACACGUGCAAUGCAAAGGUGAGCUGGUGUGUGGCGAACGCGGCGGUGGGGGACGCGCGGCUGCAGGCGGCGCUGGACUACGCCUGCGGCAAUGGCGCGGACUGCAGCGCCAUCCAACCCGGCGGGGCGUGCUUCCAGCCCAACACCAAGGCCGCGCACGCCUCGUACGCGUUCAACAGCUACUACCAGCGCAAGGACCGGGCAAGUGGGACGUGCGACUUCGCCGGCGCCGCUUCCGUGGUCUACCAGGCACCAGCAGACACGUGCAAUGCAAAGGUGAGCUGGUGUGUGGCGAACGCGGCGGUGGGGGACGCGCGGCUGCAGGCGGCGCUGGAUUACGCCUGCGGCAAUGGCGCGGACUGCAGCGCCAUCCAGCCCGGCAGGGCGUGCUUCCAGCCCGACACCAAGGCCGCGCACGCCUCGUACGCGUUCAACAGCUACUACCAGCGCAAGGACCGGACAAGUGGGACGUGCGACUUCGCCGGCGCCGGCUCCGUCGUCUACCAGGCACCGAAGAUAGGAAACUGCGUGCUCCCAUCCAACGGUUGAACUGAAGAAACAACAGGGAAGUCUAAAGGCUACUAUCUCGGUCUACAGGAUACACUUAUACAGGGAUAAAUCCACAUGAUCAUGUACUUUCAAGAAAAUUCCAGUACUACCGUGUAUAUACAGAACUAGAUAUAUAAUAAUAAAACCGGGGCACCUGCAAAUCGGGUGCGUCUGCACCAGCAGAGGCAUCGCAGCAAUACCAUCCCCACCCCUUCCCUCCCUCUUAUCCUCCAUCUCAAAUACAUGUCAACGUUAACUUUCGCUGGUAAUAAUACUAUAUUCAGUUACUUUUUUAUCGUA